GCUACGGGCCGUACGUCAGUGACUGCUGCCAUCGGGAAUGCGCUGGAGGCUGUUCCGGACCUAAAGACACUGAUUGCUUUGCCUGCAUGAAUUUCAACGACAGUGGCGCAUGUGUCACUCAGUGCCCCCAGACUUUUGUCUACAAUCCCACCACCUUCCAGCUGGAGCACAACCACAAUGCCAAAUACACCUACGGAGCUUUUUGUGUCAAGAAGUGCCCACAUAAUUUUGUGGUAGAUUCCAGCUCUUGUGUGCGUGCCUGUCCCAGCUCCAAGAUGGAGGUUGAAGAAAAUGGUAUAAAGAUGUGCAAACCCUGCACUGACAUUUGUCCUAAAGCAUGUGAUGGCAUCGGCACAGGGAGUUUGCUGUCUGCUCAAACCGUUGACUCCAGCAACAUUGACAAGUUCAUAAACUGUACGAAGAUCAAUGGGAACCUAAUCUUUCUUGUCACUGGGAUUCAUGGGGACCCCUAUCACACAAUUGCAGCAAUGGACCCAGAGAAAUUAAAUAUCUUCCAAACAGUCAGAGAGAUAACAGGUUUCUUGAAUAUUCAGUCGUGGCCCCAAAACAUGACAGAUUUCCGUGUGUUUUCUAACUUGGUUACUAUAGGUGGAAGAGCCCUAUAUAGUGGCCUUUCCUUACUUAUCCUGAAGCAACAGGCAAUUACCUCUCUACAGUUCCAGUCACUGAAGCAGAUUAGUGCUGGCAACAUCUACAUAACUGACAAUACCAACCUGUGCUACUAUCACACCAUCAACUGGACCAGCCUCUUCAGCACUCCCAACCAAAAGACAGUGAUCCAUCACAACAAAAAGCCUGAGAACUGCACUGCAGAGGGAAAGGUGUGUAACAACUUGUGCUCAAGUGAUGGCUGUUGGGGGCCAGGGCCAGACCAAUGUCUGUCCUGCAAACGCUUCAGCAGAGGAAGGACCUGUAUAGAGUCUUGUAACCUUUAUGAUGGGGAAUUUCGAGAGUUUGCGAAUGGUUCUGUGUGUGUGGAAUGUGAUCCCCAGUGUGAGAAGAUGGAAGAUAACAUGAUCACAUGCUAUGGGCUGGGACCAGACCACUGCACCAAGUGUUUCCAUUUUAAGGAUGGCCCCAACUGUGUGGAAAAGUGCCCCGAUGGCUUACAGGGAGCAAACAGCUUCAUUUUCAAAUACGCCGAUGAGGACCGUGAGUGUCACCCUUGUCAUCCAAACUGCACGCAAGGGUGCAUAGGCCCCCGUAUUGAGGACUGCAUCGGCCUGAUGGAUAGGUGUAGAGGCCCCACUAGUCAUGACUGCAUUUACUAUCCAUGGACGCGCCAGUCCACCUCACCACAGCAUGCUAGAACCCCCCUGAUUGCUGCAGGCGUGAUUGGUGGACUCUUUAUCAUCAUCAUUGUGGGCCUGACGUUUGCCGUUUAUGUUCGGCGGAAAAGCAUCAAAAAGAAGAGGGCCUUGCGGAGGUUCCUGGAGACUGAGCUGGUGGAGCCCUUGACCCCAAGUGGCACAGCACCCAACCAAGCACAGCUUCGCAUCCUGAAGGAAACUGAGCUAAAGCGAGUCAAGGUCCUUGGCUCUGGGGCCUUUGGAACCGUAUAUAAGGGUAUUUGGGUUCCUGAAGGAGAAACAGUAAAGAUUCCUGUGGCUAUUAAAAUCCUUAAUGAGACGACUGGUCCCAAGGCAAAUGUGGAGUUCAUGGAUGAAGCACUUAUCAUGGCAAGCAUGGAUCAUCCACACCUGGUGCGAUUACUGGGCGUCUGCUUGAGCCCCACCAUUCAGCUCGUCACUCAGCUGAUGCCCCAUGGCUGCUUGUUGGACUAUGUUCACGAACACAAGGAUAACAUUGGCUCGCAGCUCCUGCUGAACUGGUGUGUCCAGAUAGCCAAGGGAAUGAUGUACCUGGAAGAGAGGAGAUUGGUUCACCGGGACUUGGCAGCCCGGAAUGUCUUGGUAAAAUCACCAAACCAUGUGAAGAUUACUGACUUUGGCCUGGCCAGGCUCCUGGAAGGCGAUGAGAAAGAGUACAACGCUGAUGGAGGGAAGAUGCCAAUUAAGUGGAUGGCUCUGGAAUGUAUUCACUACAGGAAAUUCACCCAUCAGAGCGAUGUUUGGAGCUAUGGUGUCACUAUCUGGGAGCUUAUGACCUUUGGUGGAAAACCCUAUGAUGGAAUCCCAACACGAGAAAUUCCUGACCUGUUAGAGAAAGGGGAACGGUUGCCCCAGCCUCCUAUCUGCACCAUUGAUGUUUACAUGGUGAUGGUGAAAUGCUGGAUGAUUGAUGCUGACAGUCGGCCUAAAUUCAAGGAAUUGGCUGCUGAAUUUUCUAGAAUGGCUCGAGACCCACAAAGAUACCUUGUCAUUCAGGGUGAUGACCGUAUGAAGCUCCCGAGUCCAAACGACAGCAAAUUCUUCCAAAAUCUGCUGGAUGAGGAAGACCUGGAAGAUAUGAUGGAUGCUGAGGAAUAUUUAGUUCCUCAGGCCUUUAACAUCCCUCCUCCUAUCUAUACGUCCAGGGCUAGAAUCGACUCCAACAGGAACCAGUUUGUGUACAGAGGUGGCGGCUUUGCUACAGAACAAGGAGUGCCUGCACCAUACAGAGCUGUCAGCUGCAUCACUCCGGAGGCGCCAGCCAUCCAGGGGGCCACGGCAGAGAUCUUUGAUGACACUUGCUGUAAUGGUACGCUACGGAAGCAGGUGGCCGCCCUUGCACAAGAGGACAGCAGCACUCAGAGGUACAGCGCUGACCCAACAGUGUUUGUACCGGAGCGGGGCCAACGGGGUGAGCUGGAUGAAGAUGGGUACAUGACUCCAAUGCGAGACAAGCCCAAAACAGAUUACCUGAACCCAGUAGAGGAGAACCCAUUUGUCUCUCGACGAAAGAACGGUGAUCUUCAAGCUCUGGACAACCCUGAGUAUCACAGCGCCCCGAAUGGGCAGCCCAAAGCAGAGGACGAGUAUGUGAACGAGCCGUUGUACCUCAGCACCUUUGCUAGUACCUUGGAAAACGCAGAGUACCUGAAGAACAAUGGGCUUCCUUUGCCAGAGAAAUCCAAGAAGGCCUUCAACAACCCAGAUUACUGGAAUCACAGUCUGCCACCGCGAAGCACCCUCCACCACCCGGACUACCUGCAGGAGUACAGCACAAAAUAUUUUUACAAACAAAAUGGACGGAUCCGGCCCAUCGUGGCAGAGAACCCUGAAUACCUCUCUGAGUUCUCCCUGAAGCCUGGCACUGUGCUGCCCCCACCACCCUACAGACAUCGAAACACGGUGGUGUAGUGACAUCAGUAUUACACAAGUAGAGAGGCAACCCCUUCUAGCUGCCAGUCUCUCUCUCUUUCUUUCUUCCUCUCUCUCCCUCUCUGUCUCCCGUGAGCUUCCUCUUUUUACCAGUUCACUCACUUUGAUAUUUCCAAGUAGAAGGACACCUUUGAGUCAUUUGCUGAUCGAGUUAGGAACCUGGAAGGAAAGAAAGACUUUCCAAGGCCAGGUUUUGGCCUUUCAUUCAUUCAGUCAGUCAGUCUGGCAUUUCUCACCUUUCACAGAUCCUGAGGGUCAGAAGGUCAGACAAGCCAGUGAAUACCAGCAAAGGCCAGUGGCAGUGUUGCCUGCUGUCAAGUUAGUUCUCAGUGAUUCAACUCAGAUGCUGAAGGGGAAGUCACACAGUGUCUGUUUCUGUCAGCAGGAACCGAGGAAAGCCUAUUCAGCAUUCCUGGAAAUAGCAAUGCAAAGGGAAAAAAGGACAUUUUUUAUAUCACAUGUGAUAGCAUAAUAAUUGAGAUUUGAGAAGCCAAUAUCUUUCUCUAACACUCUCUAUCCUGGCAACUGAAAACAGCUAACCCAGCUUUUCAUAACCAUUCAGUUCUUCAUCACAGCCAUCAAAGAAAUAACUAAUAAAAUAAAAAAUGAGGAGACUUUCUCUCUGGCCAGUCCCCUCUUCUUAGCCACUCCCACAGUUUUAUCCCAUUUCCUAAUGGCAAAGACUUUCACUAGAAGCUCCUGCGCAUGACAGUGCAAUUUUUUUGGUAUGUGUCGCAAUGACGACAAGUAUUUUCAACAGGAAGAUCCCGUCAGGAAAGGAAGAAAACACAAAAAGCUGACAUCCUCCACUGAAGCUAAAAGAGAGGCCAAGAUCUGCCAUUUAUAUGCACAGGGCCUCACCUUCAUGUUUUAUACCUACUUAAACAAACAAACAAAGUACCCGUACAAAUUCUCCUCUCUUUCUUUCUGCUCAUCGAUUAAAAUAGUUGGGGAUGCAGUAAGCAACACUGAGAACAAGACAGAAGAAGGACAGUUUAAUAGGUUCAGGAAACCUGGUGGUGGUCUUAGGGGUGGCGCCCUAAGGAGUUCUUUAAACUGGAAGAAAGAUACUGGAGUGGAUAAAACGCACAUAGCAGUUCACUGGAAAGUUAGUUUGCACUUAAGCUAUGAUUUUAUUUGUCCUCGCUCUGAACUGUUUUCUGGAUUUUGAACGAAGCAAUAUGGAAGCGACCAGCAAAAUAAAAUAAUUUUAAAUUAAAAGUGAAAUUAUAUAUAAAGGACGGCUGUGGAAAUGCCAAAAUGAAACAAGUCACGUCUUGGGAACAGUAUCCGCUGGUUCUGAAAGGCCAGUAUAUUGACUACUUCAGAGAAUACAGUGAAGGAGUAACCAGUUCAAAUGCUGCUGCACAAAGGAAAGCAGAGCAAACAGUGAAGGGGAUUUGGGGAGAAGAAGGGCCAGGUGUGGCUUGGGGCCUAGCAAGGACUAUAGUUUUCUAAAAGGAAGAUUUCUCCAUCACAUAAGCUGGUACAUACAAGGUGUUUAACGUCAGUAUGUGCAUGACAUACACAGCUUUCAGUCAAAAAUAUAAACAAUGAGUCUAUCUCCAUGCACUUAUUUCCCUUUUGUCAACUUCAGCUUUCACAGGACCAUUGGUUUAUUCCCCUCCAUGGCUAAAAAUAUUCCCAGCCAGAGUUUUUGAAUCAUUUUAGCAUCAAAACAGAACACCACAUGAAGUGGAAGAGAAGAAUGGGGAUGAUGUCUUGCUUUUGAUGCACUACAUUUCUAGUUGUUUAGGCUUUUAAAGAAAAGGUAUCUAUCUAAUUAGACUCAAAUUCUAGGAGGGACAACAAUAUUCCAAUUUAUGCACUUUAGUACUAUUAAAAUGAAGGCCCUUUGGAUCAUGGAACCCAGCAACAGGGGUGAACAGUCUGGAAGCAAUGUGUAUUUUCUCUUAAAUCCUAACAUUUUAAUGGACAGCCACCAUGAGCUCCCUGCCAUAACCCUGUCAGGAAGAUCUGACCCCUCAAAUUGAAAGAGGCAGACUGGAGAGUAAGCCCUGACCCUCAUCCUCAGUCUGCCAUUUUAAGUUAAUUUUAAGAGUGGAUGUCAUGCCGUGUUAUACAAGCAACCAGUGAUUGCUUCAUGAGGUGACAUUACAUAAUUGCCUGACCCCCCCCCCCACUCCCUGUUCCCAGGGCCGCCAUGCAAUAAUUACUUAAUUGUCUGUGCCAUAGGCUGUGCUAGACAAAGUCAGCUCUGGGCUGGAACGAGACAUUAGAUUUCAAACCUGGGUUCUUAGUCUUGUACUUUGAAACAGAAUUUGUGCUGGUCCCUACAGUAUCCAUCAAGAUUUCAGGUCAAGGCUGGUUCAGCCAAUGUGGCAUUACUGAAUUUGGUGCUUCGAGUCAAUCUGAACCAGCGAAACUUAAUUACCAGCUGCUGUGCACUUAUUAAGCCCAUAAACCUUGUAUGUAGAUAAAUGGUUUAUAAACAAGAACAAAAGGUCUUUGCAGCUUUUAAAAGGAGGUCUAGUGGACAUGUGGCCACAUAAUAAAUCAGUUUGUUGUGGCAGAAUGAAAUGAACAGCUGACCAUUAAAGCAGGAUGGAUGACCGCAGAAGCGCCAGGCAUCUGAAAGAAGGUCCCUCUCUGUGGAGAGGUCUCUCCUGCUCUUGAUGCAUUCCCAUAACUCCUAGUGAGGUUAAUGAGAGAUACAGGUGAGCAUUAGGGGAAAUUAGACCCCCUCAGACCUUCAAAAAACUUAUGCCAGUGGGAGCACUCAGAGUGCGUAAUAUUAAGCCUCCUGAAGUGAGAAUGGACAAAUAAAAAAACUCAUCCCAGGAUUUUAUCAUGUCCCUUUUGUGACUCAGAGAAAGCUUAGAAUAUUAAGGAGGGCUUGAUCUCCGUCACUGAACAGAUGUAAGAGAAGAGUAACGUUCUAAUGGAAAUCUAUGUACAGGUUGUGUAUUUGUUUUUGGAGCAGUGCGCUAAAAGACUGACUGUGAGAGAAAUGUGCACACCUUGAAAAUAUUGAAGGCAAAUCACUCCAAGGAUCUUAGAAUCCAGCUGCUAAUGGAAAGUAGAAAACCUGUUUGGGUUCUUUGAUAAUUCAGUAAUGUCAACAUUAAAAACAAGCCCCGUUUUAAAAAAUGAAGUGUAAAUAUGGUUGUUCUUUAACAGUUUAACUUUUUUGCCCCAAAGCAUUUUAAGAAUUAUUUAUUUACUUUUUAAAUUGUUGAUUGUGGCUAAAAUACACUCAGUCAUGUGGAAAUACAGCGGCUCCUUGCAGGGAGCAUGAAACCCAGAAGCGGGCACACAAUUAUAGGCUGAGCAGUGUCAAAUGUAUCUUAAAAAGAAAAACCAAGCAGUUAAUACAACAAAUGUAAACGCAGCCUGUGAAAUGCAAAGUGACAAAUGACUUCCAUUUAUGUAUCCUGGAUUACUGGUUUGGGUUAGUCCUGUUGCCAAAAAUUGCCUUUAAUAAGUCAUUGCUCUGGGUACAAGGUAUUGACCUAAACAUCUAGAUUCUUUUUUUUAAAACCUCAAGGGAUGAUUAAACUUGACCUACAAAAUCAAUAGUAUGUUUUGUUAUAUACAGGCCGAAUGUUUUCAACAGAAAUAUCUAGCUACGGUCUGAUCCACCCUCCUGUAAAAGCCGAGCACUCUCAAGAAUAAAAUAAAUAAAUCUGUCACUGCUAGGUUUAAUUUUAAUUAUGGUGAGGGGAGGCCACAGAUCAUGACAGAUGUUCUAUUUUUUUCGUUGGAAAACAGAUGCUUUUCACCAAAAAUUUCAUUUAAACUCAGUUUUUCUAUGAAAAACAAAUUUUGACUGAAUUUGUUUUGCUCAUCUAGUCAAAACUCAAGUGCUAUUCCUGUCCCUAAAGUCCACAGUCAAUUUUUAAUGACUUUAUAAGCAUAUUUUCCUAUUUUGAAAUGUUUCUUUUUCCCCUAUUGCUGGAGCACAAUGAUUAAUUUUUCAGAGGAAUAAGUAUUGUCACAGGCAAACUGAAUGAAAGAUAAACACACUGUUGGUUUUGUUUUGUUUUCAGUCUCUUUCCAAGCUAGGUGUUAUGAGUAACACUAGUAGGUAAACAAAUUUUAGACAAAAAAAAUGUGAUUUUUUUUGAUUGUGCAAAAUACCAUUGGACUAGACAUCAAGUCAACCACAUCCUUUUUAAUUAUUUGGAAGGAAUGGAAUUUGACUAGAUUUUAAAUUGGCAGCAUCCCUUGUAACACAUUCCUUUUAAAUUGACAAAUGCAAAAGAUUCUUUAAAUCGAAUUUUUUUUCUCUCAGUGAAAAUUACCUUGUUAAGGUAGAAAACAGUGGAAAUAAUCCGAGCCUUAGGUCAAGAGACGCAGAUCUACUGCACUGCUGCAAGGACUAACCUCAGACCAGAGACCUUCCUAAUUGUAUUGAGAAACUCUGUGUUAACACUGCCAGCUGUUUUGCAGCUUUUAAUUGACUGAUGCGAUCACCUGACUGCACAAGUUGCAGCCUGAUCGGCUUGUGGCAUUUAUUUCUGUGAGUUGAUGAACUAUGGAGAGUGUCCUUUGCUCCUCCCACAGCUUGUAGUGCUAAGGGGAACUCCCCCCAGAAGAGGCUGAAGAUACUCCAGGUUGUUACGGUGGGGCAGAGUAAACUGGUCUGCACACAUUAGUGACCUGAUCCUGCACACACUGAGGGCAAUGGGAGCUGGCGUAUGACCUACAUGGGAAACCUUCCUUUGCUCAACACUUUGCAGGAAAGUGAACACUCUGAGCCUGCAUCUCAAGUGCCCUGCACCAUGUGUGACCACUUAUAGCUGUGCAAACUGGGUAGGAGAUACCUAACCUUUGGUGUAAGCGACAUGAGACUGGAGCGGGGACCUGAGGCUUAGUUACUCCAAGGCAUCUUUGUACAAUGGAGGCCUGACUUCUCAUUUGCACUAAGGCUCUUUUACAUCACAGUGGCAGCAUGCAGGGACUUUAAAUGAAAGGAUUCCUUAUGCAGUGAGCAAGCUAUAAAAGAGCCUUAGCGCCACUCUGAAUCAGGGUGCCUCUAUUCUGGGGCCCUGCCCCUUCCCCAGUGUAGCAGCCUUAGGGUUGCUCUGACUUAAGCUUUGUUUUCCACUGCUCCCUAUGUAUGUGACUUGGGAUGCCAAGGCUAUUUGCAGGGCAUUCAGGACCCCCUCCUCUGAUCUGCUUCAGGGGGCUGGGCCAAUGUAGAGCUAUUUGCCAGCUAUGGACCGGGGGGGUGAUAUUUGCCAGAGGACCUUGAUUAGCAUUAAGGGGCCUUGAUUAGCAUAUUACACCCAUCCACGUUUUCCUGGUUGUAAAUGCAAGGUGGGUGCAGAGGUGCUAUAGCAUGACUGCUUGUUUAGAGUCAGUGAUAGUGGCACCCCCUUUAAGGCCCCUUUACACACUGAUGUAUAAGGGCCUUUGUAUAAAUGAGACUCGGACCCUUUGUUACCAGGAUGCUGGUUGGCUUUUGAAGAGUUACUCCAGGUUGAUGCUGUCGCCUUUAUUUUUCACUCUGUAAACACCUUUUUAAAGGUAAGUUCUUCUUUCAGUCGCAAUAACAACAUGAAGCCUGUAAAUUUAGGUGUAUCAGUUUCCUGCUCCCAUUCAAAUCUGCCACUUGUAAUUCUCUCAUUACCGUUGACCUGCCACUGCUGCUAACAUUUGUUGUAGUGUAACCAUGUCUGUUUGUUUUAGAAAGAUGGGCCUAUGCAGUAUUGCAAGGUGCUCUUCCUUUUAUUUUCAUGCUUCAUAGCAUGGUAGAGACUGGUGC